AUGCUGCCCCCUCCGCAUUUCUUCACCCGCAAACAGGGCCCCCAGUCCCUCCCUCUAGGGGCUGCGCAGAGUUGGGUGCCCGCCCCCUCCGACUUCCCAUCUACUUUUGGCUCCGGGAGCGCCCAAGGCUCCAGAACCCCGCCGUCUAGGAUCUCUAAAGUCCGCCUGCCUAGACCCCCAGGGACCGCAUCCCUACGGAGUCCCCAAGGCCGUUCCCUGGAGCUCAACCCCUCAAAGGUCUCCCGGAGGGCUCUGACCUUGACCUACCUAAGAGGCGGGACAGACAUGUCCGGGGCUGCCCUUUGGGUGCUGACUGUUCCUCCCACCAAGUGUCCUGAGGCCUUCUUGGGGGCUGACUGGGCCUCCAGUCUGACUUUGAAGCCCAGCAGGGUAGGAGGCAGGGAGCUGUCUCCUCCCACCCCCAACCCCGGGCCCUGGAGCAAAGCAGGGGUGCCCUUCAAGGCCUGCUUCUUCCUCAUCCUUAUCCCUGGGACCCUACACCCCAGCUGGGAGGGUCUGUCUGGGCAGGGGGCUGAGAAUGACUGGGGUGGCGGGCAGCCUGUCAGAAGCCAUGCUGACCCUGAGCCUAUCCCCACCCCGACCCCCAUCCUGAGCUCCGGGAAGGCGGGGCAGCUGGCACAGGGUCUGGGGGUCAGGGUCGGAGCUGCUCAGGCUUUUGACUCCGUGUCCUCAGACAAGGGGCUUGUCUCUCCUGCCCAGACCUGUGGGCGGCAAGGCGUGAUCCUGUUAGCAAACCUUCGCCCCAGUAAAUACCCUGCAGCCGCCGCCAGUAAUGACAAGCCGGCGGGGAGCCCGCGGAGGGCGCCGGGGCUCCGGCAGGCGGCGCCGCUGCAGCCCCGGGCCCGCGGCCGCAGCGAGGCCCGAGCGGGGCCCCCGCCGGGAUCGGUCUCUGCAGGGCCCGCACAGGCCUGCGCGGCCGUGAACUUGGCCGGGAGCGCCUUCCCGAAUGCGCGCGCCGGCCGGGAGCCUCUCCCGGUCCCGGAUAUCCGAGGCCCCCACCCGCUCGGCGCCCCCAAGAACAAAGCUCGCCGCCGCCCUGUCCCAGGGCUCCCGCGGUCAGGUGUCAGGCAGCCUGGGCACCACUGCCCCUACGACCCUCAUCAUGCCUCCCCACCCCGCAGGGGCAUCUCGGCCUGCCCUCUCCCCGGCGGCCCCCGCUCACUCGGGACUUGUGUGUCUGUCCCCUGUGGAGGGGUCUGGUCCUCCCGGGGCCCCUUCUCCGGGAAGGCGAGACACAGAGAUGCCGCCGGGGCCUCCCCGCCCCCCUUCCCCAGCCGCCGCAACAAUGGAGGGCCGGGCUGCAGAGGCCGGGUCGCCAGCCCCCCGUCCGCGAGCAGGUGCGCGAGGGGGCUGCGGCCGGGUCCCGCCGCCGCCCCGCCCGGCCGCGCCCCCUCCCCGUGGGCGGCCCCCGCGCCGCUCGCGCCCCCAGCCCGCCCGGCGCCCGCGCUCACCUUGUUUGGGGCCGCCGCCGCGUUUCCCCUCUCCUGUCCAAAACCCUCCCGGAAAAGCCCCCCGAGCCGAGGCGCCUGCACGGGAAAUUGCAUUUUGGCGGCUCCGGGGCUGGGCGGGGGCUCCCCAGGCCGCGGGCAGGGGGAGGGGGGCCGCGGGGCUCCGGCGCCGGCUCGAACCCGCGGCCGCCGCCUCCCGCCCACCCGCCUGUCUGUCUCGGUGACGUGCCCGCGCUCCCCGCCGCCGCCGCCCCCUCCCUCCUCCGCGCGCUGUGCCGGGCGUGACUCAGGCUGCUUGGAAGCCCCCUCCCUGGGGAUGCUCGGCUGCCCACGCCGCCGGGGCCAGCCGGGACCCGGCCGCCUGCCAGGCUGCCGGGCGCCGCGCCCGCCUGCAUCACGCCGCUGUGAGUCACCGCGCGCGCCGGCCCCGCCCCCCGCGCCAACAAACAGCGCGUUGCCUGGCAACCGCCGCAGGUUCCCCGCCCGGGCCGCGCUCGAGGACCGGGGUUCGAGCCUCCAGCCAGGUGGAAGCUGGGUGGCCUCGCUGUCCCCCAUCUUUGCGCCAGUGUCCCCGGUGCUCAUGGGCUCUCGGGACUCGGGCGGAGAGGGGACCCUGCUUCUAGCCCCGGGGACCCCCUGGUCCCAGCAGAGUGAGGAGUGGGAGGGGGAGAGAGCCCCUCGCCGGCCCUGCCUGCCACCGCCAUUGUUUACCCGUCGGCUGCCUCCUAGGAAACUUAACCCGCCCGCGGUGGCUCUGCCCCCUCCUGCCCCAACCUGCCAGAUCCUGCAGCCUGGGCCAGCCUGCCCCUUGGGCCCCAGAGAGAAGAAAGACCCAGGAGCCCCCAGGGCUGGGCCCCAUGGGAUAGUAGCUAGGUGUGGCUUCUGCCCCCCUCUCCGCAAUCCCACCAAGAUCCAAAUGGGAUGGAGCGCGGUCGGCGACCGCCCCCGGCUUGUUUCGGCCCCGCCGCCCGCCCGCCUGUGUCUCCGCCGGCCGGGCCGGGGCGGCGGCCGGAGCCCCGAGUGCCGGCUCCCCUCCCCCCGUGGCCCCAGACUGACCUCUGACUCCAGCACCGGACUUGACUGCUACCAAAGCCCCCAGCCGUACACUGACUGUCCUAUGCAACCCAGCCAGGCCCAGACCCAGUGCCAGCUGCUGGCCCUGCCCGGUGCCCCCCCACCCCUGUGCCAUGGCCGGCUGGGGUUCCUGGGGAUGGGAUUUGCUGCCUGUCACAAAUCACAUUGCCAGGGAUUUCCAACCGACCCUGAGCCCUGCCUCUGGGGCCACCGCUGUCACUGCUUCCGCUGAGGACACUGACCCAGGGAUGGGGAUGGGGUGGCAGAGAGGCCUCCACCGCCUGUGUCUGGCCUGGGGAGCAGGGCUUAGCUGCUUGUGAGCAGGUCCACAGCAAGUCGUGUUCACAGUGGCUAAGUUCCGCCCCCCGGGGCCUCGCCUCCUCUGGCCCUGCCACCUCUCCCCUCCGCCUGCCUGUCCGACCUCCGGGCCUCUCUGGGCUCUGCCUCCCGUGCCUACUGAGCUGAAACACAGUUGAUUUGUGCAGACUGGCUCAGUUCAGCAGGAACAGGAGUCAAGCCCCCUUGGAGUCUUCGGCCCCUGCCUUCCUUGGGUGGGCCAGUCGCUGCCUGGGAGAAGAGAUGAGGACCCUGCCCUGGACCUGUGUCUGGAGGAGGAACUUGGGGACGAGUGGAGCCUGGGAUGGGAUGGGUGAACCCAGCUGUCUGCUGCAGGCCCCCUCCUCCAAUUCUGCACUUGGGGACCCUCACACAGUCCCAUCUCAGGCUGGGCUGUGUUCCCAGGGAGGAUGGGUAGGCAGGCGGGUGGCCAGCCUUUCCAUGAAAAAAGGAAGCCAGCUGUGUCCCCGCCUGGCCGACCCUUGGCCCCUCCUCUCCCAAGCCUGGUCGGGGGAUGGCUGGCUCACAUCUUCCCAGCAGUCAGUUACCCAAGAGGAAGCUGCCUUGGGCUCUUAGACCGUUAAAUGCCAACUCCGGGCUUCCGGAACCAGGCUGGCCUGACCUGAACCUGCCUGGCCCCUUCUCCCUGGGCCCUGCGGCUUCCUAACUUGGGGGGGAGGAGCCAUGACACCCUCCUGGCACGUGGGGCAGGGAAUGAGGUCCCUGUGGGCCCAAAGGACACAAGCAGGCCCGCUCAGUCCUUGGGUGGUCCCAGGGCAUGGACGCGUUGAGACUUCGUCCAUCAUCAGAUGGAAUGGGGCUCUUUUGGGGGUGAGACUGGGGAGGCAGAAUGAAGCCCCCCAGGCUGUCAGAGUUGGCUCAGUGUACCCCUGUCCCACUGGGGCAGGGGCAGACAGCAGCUUGGGGAAGUCUAUGCUGUGUGUCGAGCCUGUUGUUCAAUUAAAUAAAAGCUGCCCCCUGCCUCAUUCUUGAA